UGGUUAACAUUUACAUGGCGAAAAUGGAUGAAACUCGAAUUUUCUAAAUAAACCCAGUGCCACACAGUAGAACCUUCAUUUGUUUUAAUGUUUUAUUUAUUUAAUAAAAAUCAGACGGGUACGCCCGAACUGACGAGCUUCCAUGAACCGACUAAUCUCUGGCACCUGAAGGACGGCUCCUCCAAGAUCCACAUCUACGUGACCUGGUCCAGAGUGUGUAAGCGGGUUCACGGCCGAGCCAGCUUGCUGUUUGAAACAUGCGGUCUGAGGUACGCUCCUGAGAGGAGAGGCAAAAGGAGGAGGCGGCCUAGAGGGUUCGUGGAGAAAUGCAUGAGCUCGAUGCAGAUCGGGACCCAGAUGGUGAAGCUCCGUGGCGGCUCCAAGGGACUGGUGCGGUUCUUUUACCUGGACGAACACAAGUCCUGCAUCCGCUGGCGGCCGUCACGCAAGAACGAGAAGGCCAAGAUCUCCAUUGACUCCAUCCGCGAGGUCUGUGAGGGAAAGCARUCUGAGAUCUUCCAGCGGUAUGCAGAUGGCAGCUUUGACCCAAACUGCUGCUUCAGUCUGUAUUACGGAGAACACAUGGAGUCCCUGGACCUGGUAUCUGGAACAGGAGAGGAAGCCCGGACCUGGAUCACUGGCCUCAAGUACCUGAUGGCCGGGAUCAGUGACGAGGACAGCUUGGCGAAGAGGCAACGCACCCGCGACCAAUGGCUGAAGCAGACGUUCACUGAGGCUGAUAAAAACGGCGAUGGGAGUUUAAGCAUCAACGAGGUUCUUCAGCUUCUGCAUAAACUCAACGUCAACCUGCCUCGACAAAAGGUCAAACAGAUGUUCAAGGAGGCUGACACGGAUGACAAACAGGGAACUUUGGGUUUCGAGGAGUUCUGCUCCUUCUACAAGAUGAUGUCGACCCGCAGAGAUCUGUACCUGCUUAUGCUSACCUACAGCAACCACAAAGACCACCUGGACACAGAUGACAUCACUCGCUUCCUGGAGAAUGAGCAAAAGAUGACAAAGGUGACCAAGGACCACUGCUUGGAGAUCAUCAACAAGUUUGAGCCGUGCUCUGAAAAUCAAAAGCAAGGCGUUUUGGGAAUUGAUGGUUUUACAAACUACAUGCGCAGUCCAGCUGGGGACAUUUUCAACCCAGAGCACUACAACGUGAACCAGGACAUGACCCAGCCGUUGUGCAACUACUUCAUCGCCUCAUCGCACAACACCUACCUGAUGGGAGACCAGCUGAUGUCCCAGUCCAGGGUGGAUAUGUACGCCUGGGUGCUGCAGGCAGGCUGUCGCUGUGUGGAAGUUGAUUGCUGGGACGGCCAGGAUGGAGAGCCCAUCGUACACCAUGGUUACACCCUGACCUCCAAGAUCCUCUUCAAAGACGUCAUCGAGACGAUCAACAAGUACGCCUUCAUCAAGACAGACUACCCGGUGAUCCUGUCCAUAGAGAACCACUGCAGCGUUCCUCAGCAAAAGAAGAUGGCCCAGUACCUGGUGGAGAUCCUCGGGGACAAACUAGAUGUGUCCAGCGUCAAGGCGGGGGAGUCUGGGAGACUGCCGUCUCCAGAAUCUCUCAGGGGCAAGAUCCUGGUGAAGGGCAAGAAGCUGCCUCCUAAUAUCGAUGAGGACGCAGAGGAGGGAGACGUGUCGGAUGAGGACAGCGCUGACGAGAUGGAGGACGACUGCAAGCUGAUGAAUGGAGAUACAUCAGCUAACAGGAAGCAGGUGGAAAACAUGGCGAAGAAAAAACUGGACAACCUGAUGAAAGAGUCCAAGAUCCGAGACCGGGAGGAUCCAGACAGCUUCACCAUCGCUGGCCUCCCACCAAGUGGGAAGACCCUUGAUAAGAGUGACAUCAAGGGUAAAAGUGAUGAGGGGACAGACACAGCUGAUGAGACCAACCCCAGCAGUACCAAGCGCUCCAGCCGCUCCUUCAUCGGAAGCUUCUCCAAGCGCAAGAAAAAGUUGUCAAAGUUGAAGAAGACGUCGAGCUACGAAGAUACAGACACAGACCAGGAGAGCACAAGCAGCGCUUCUCGAGCUCCACCCCACCACAACAAAAAGAAGAAGACCAUGAAACUCUCUAGAGCCCUGUCUGAUCUGGUGAAGUACACCUGCUCUGUGGGUCUGUAUGAUAUUGAAGCCCAAGCUAACUGCAGCUGGCAGGUGUCGUCUCUAAGUGAGACCAAAGCCCAUCAGCUGAUGCAACAGAAAGCUGCAUCCUUCAUCCAGUUCAAUCAGCGCCAGCUGUCCCGGAUCUACCCGUCCUCCUACCGGGUGGACUCCUCUAAUUUCAACCCCCAGCCUUUCUGGAGCACCGGCUGCCAGCUCGUUGCUCUCAACUACCAGUCUGAGGGGCGGGUCCUUCAGCUCAACAGAGCUAAAUUCUACAGCAACGGCAACUGUGGCUAUAUCCUCAAACCUGCCUGCAUGUGUGAAGGUGCCUUUAACCCGAACCUGGAGGACCCCCUGCCAGGCCGCAUGAAGAAACAGCUGGUGUUAAAGAUAAUCAGUGGACAACAGCUGCCCAAACCCAAAGAUUCAAUGCUGGGAGACAGAGGAGAGAUUAUCGAUCCGUUUGUGGAGGUGGAGAUCAUUGGCCUCCCAGUGGACUGCUGCAAAGAGCAGACCAGAGUGGUGGAUGACAACGGGUUCAAUCCGAUGUGGGAGGAGACUCUGGUCUUCACGGUUCACAUGCCCGAGCUGGCCCUUGUGCGUUUCCUUGUGUGGGAUCAUGACCCCAUCGGCCAAGACUUCAUCGGACAGCGGACCAUCGCUUUCCACAGCAUGAUGCCAGGUUAUCGCCAUGUUUACCUGGAAGGUAUGGAGGAAGCUUCCAUUUUUGUUCAUGUGGCUGUGAAUGACAUCACCGGUAAGGCCAGAGCAGCCGGUGGUAUAAAGGGUCUGUUUCACAGAAACCCAAAGCAGGCUUCCCUGGACAGCCAUGCUGUUGUGCAUCCCGGCCGUAAGCACCCGUUCGGUGCCCACCUCCUGCGCCGCACCGCCAGCGCCCCCACCAGAGGCCAGCCCAAAGUUAAGAAGGGCUUCCCUGAGCUCGCCAUCGACACCAAAGAUUACAGCUCGGAGGGGGCAAGUGAGGAGCGGGAGUCUGAGGACAGAGACAAGGCAUCUGCGGCCACAUCUUACCAGUUCACUCCUUCACCACAGCAUCAUAUCGGUGAAUCGGUGGACCCCCACCAAGCCAAGGGCUCCUGGGACCGUCCUGACACGAACGGAGCUCUCCACCCAGAGGAGAGCAAAGGUAAGAGCUCACCUUUUGCUCAGCGCCGACCCAUGAGUGAGCCUCUAAAGCGGGCCAGCCGUCUCCGCUUUCACGAGCCGCUGGACAUGAAGCCAGGCGUGUUCGCUCGAGUGGCUCUCAGUAGCUCAGGUAGGGUGGGGAUGUCCUCCAACUGCAUCACCUGUGUGAUUGGCUCCAAGGAGAGUCCAGAGGCCGAACGAAAGGUUGAGGAAACACAAAAAGGCAAGUCUGGAAAGACAGACGGGGACAGACAGGAGAGAAAUGUUUGUUCAGACCCAGACAAGAGACAAGCUCAACAAGAUGCAGUUACCAAGACAGCGGCUGCCCCUCCUGACUUACAGCAGCCUCUGUCCAAAGCCACUUCCUGCGUGGAAGCCCAGCUUCAGUGUCCUCCUCAGGCUGUCCUAUGUACCGCCCCGUUCUCCAGGUCAAAGGCCAGACAGACUCUCGGUCCCCAACACCUCCGGCCUCAUCCUCAAGCUCAUCCCAGGAGCAGCCGGUCCUGCAGCGUUCCACGCAGGCGCUCCCCUAACGCCAUUACACCAGCACCUUGCAUGGCUCCAGACUGCAGGACCAGCCUAUGCUGGCAGCAGACCACCCCCCCCAACUACGGGUCUGUCUGUGGCUCAUCAACCAUUCCAUUAAAACCGCUGACUGUGAGUGAAGCUCUGUUGCUCAGCGACAGCAGCAGCUAUGACAGUCUGAGCAGCUUGGAGUCGCCUCCCAUGCUGCCUCCGCGCUCUAUCCUCGACAGCCGCAAGAGGGCAGUAGGGACCCUGCAGCGCGAGAUGAACGCCCUGUUUGCCCAGAAAAUGGAAGAGUUGCACCAUAAGUCUCCCAUGUUUUUUACUGAUGAGAACAGUGGUAAGUUUUUUGUAAACUGGGAUUAGUUUGAUGUCGUUGUCAAAGUGUUGCUCUCAGACAUCUGUUUCACCAGCCAGCAGAGAACUGCAGCUCUUUAAUUCUCAGGUCUGUGAACCCAGUGAUUAGACGGCUCAGAUUUUAUUCACAUUUUUUUCCCACUUUAAGAAUGUUUCUUGAAAAUAUAUUUUGUAUGCUAAAGGCUUUAUUCUCCCUUAAAUUUCUACACAUUUGGAAAAAGACACAUCUGGGUUAAGCAGCAGAAUCGAGUUUGCAGGUGUGAAAAUUUUUUUCCUGCCAAUACCAAGCAGUUUUUGGUGGAGGCAGUGUGAUGCUGUGGGACAGCAUCUCCAUGGCCUGUCUUUUUUGGAGCCAGUCUCAGAUCAGAUAAAUCAAGAUGAGAUUCUCUGAGAGGGUGAAAUGGCCUGGUGCCCACCCUGAUCUCAGCUCCACUGAACAUCUGUGUUCAGCAUGAGCAUUCUGCUCAUCACUAAGCAACUACACCACAUGUUUUGAAAGGCUGGACUGCUGUGUGAUGAAGAGGACAGCAGAAGCUUGCGAUAGAAUUUGCUUCAAUGAAAGCGACAGAGCGACAACAAAAAAGAGAUUCACUGUUAAGUUCUGAUGCUGAAACUUUAGUAGUUUUAGUGUACAGUAGGAAGAUGAAGAUGGUUACUUUUCCUGCUGUACUACUGUAUUUCUUUUUUAGGCCUACGUGUAGUAGACACUGGUAUAUUUCUGUAUUUUUCCAGUAUGUACUCAUUUCAUUAAAAGUUAAAAAAUGAAUCAAUUUUCUGUGUAAAUACCUCAUGUUAUAACAUGGACACCUGCAUCUUGGAAACCGAUGCAGCCUGUAUAUGUACACUUAUUUUUACUUUCAAUGUUAGUAGGUUAAAGUCAGUAGGCAUCAGUAAUGUGGACUAGUAGCUCAAACAUUCACACUAGACCUUUAUUUUUUUGUUGUUUUAAUAUAACAGUGGUUCACCUGCUGGAUUGUAUAUUUUGGAAGUUUAAUCAUUCCGACCCUGUUCAUUAAUUGUAACGUUCCUGAGCCUCAUGGUAUAUCCAUGUUCUACUAAGCUGGAGUCCUGGAAGGUUUCCUGUGUGAUGGGCUGAGCUCAGAGUCACGAGUUCCUGAUGUUUCCUCUGCGUCCAUGAAAAACCUCCUGCUCACAUGAUGGAUUUCCUUGUUUUGCUGUUCUGUUUGGACCCAGCUGUUCCACCCUGAUGCUCCCCCUCUUCCCCUCUGCCUGCUGGUAGAUCAUGUGAUGGAGAUAUUUUGUAUGCAAAUGGCUCUUUUGGGGAAAGCAGAAUGCGUUUAGAGUUGUUAGGUUCUGGCUUCACUGGAGUAGAUCAUAGUCAUAUGAUGUUGGCAGAUGUAUGCUAUAGUAAGCCUGUUCCAGACCCAGUUUCUGUGUAGAACAUCAUGAUAUUAGAGAGCAACAUGUCCUGAUGAGUUGCGUUCUGUCCUACAAGCUGCUGCUUGCCUGCUUCUCUUCCUCCUUCUCGUUGCAGUUUGGAUAAUUCCCUGUUUUCCUCUCUGUUCCUCUUUGCACGCUUUCUCUGUUCCUAGUGCAGAAUUGAGGGGAUGACCAG